ACAGGAAGUCAAAAACUUCCACAGCUUGUUGUUCUCUAAAGUGAAGCUGAGCUGUGAAAAGCCUUUGGGCUAUUAAACACAGAGUACGCCAGAAGAGACGGAAAAACAAUCCAAUUUGGAGACUUAAUUACCAAGGAAAUGUGGGGGAAGUCAGACCAUAGCCCUCGCAAGAGUGAGAAACAGUUUACUGUGCUUGAGAAAAGACCAACAGCUAAUCAACUGUCAAAGAAAAGAAUCGGAAAUGUUGUAGUCCAGUCCAGGACACCAGUUGUAAAUCAAGCAUUAGUGAUGACAUGGAGAACAGUAAAGGCAUUGCUGAUGUUGGCCAUAUCACUUCUAGUUACCAUGCUCUGCUCUUUCAGAAGAGUGUACUCGUAUUUAGGGAGGAGAUUGAAAUGGUGGAGUGGAUACCUGCAGAGGAAAUUCAAAAAGAACCUCAGCAUAGAGGCAGAAGUUGAUCUGCUUGGAUAUUGUGCAAGAGAAUGGAAAGGAGAAACGAAUCAAGCCAGACUGAUGAAGAAGGCUUAUGAGGAGCUGGCUAGGCAACACCGUAUCAAGUGUAUUCGGCAAGUCAGAAGCGAUAACUAUAAUGCAUUAAGAUCAGUGCUGUUUCAGAUAUUUAGCCAGGGCCUCUCCUUUCCAUCCUGGAUGAAAGAGAAAGACAUCUUGAAGCUUCCCGAGAAGCUGCUGUUUUCGCAAGGUUGUAAUUGGAUUCAGCAAUACAGUUUUGGACCUGAGAGAUAUACCGGCUCAAAUGUAUUUGGAAAAUUACGCAAAUGUGUUGAAUUAUUAAAGACUCAGUGGACGGAACUGAGUGGCAUUAAAGACCACGACAAGAGAGGAAGCAUGUGCAACAGCCUCUUCUCUGACAAAAACACAGAGUACAAGCUUUAUGAAGCUUUAAAGUUCAUCAUGCUCUUCCAAGUCAUAGAAGCUUAUGAACAAGUGAAGAGUGGAAAGUGCGUGCCCAGUCCUUUUAACCACCUUUUAUCUCAGGAGACUUCAUCUGACCCAUUGAGUUUCAUGAUGAAUCACUUGAAUUCUGUGGGGGACACAAGUGGAUUGGAGCAGAUUGACAUGUUCAUUCUUGGACACGCCCUUGAAGUAAAGAUAAAAGUGUACAGACUUUUUAAGUUUAACACCAGAGACUUUCAAGUAUACUACCCAGAUGAGCACCACAGUGAAUGGCCUGAAAUCUCCCUUCUGACUGAGAAUGACCGCCACUACCAUAUCCCAGCCUUUCAAGAAUGAGACUGAUUUGGUUGAUACAGUGUCAAAAGAUGAUUGACUUUGCAAAUAAAUUAUUAUUCACAAAUCCAAGCCUUUUCUGGCCAAUGGAACUCUUUUCUCCUGGAACAAUAGGUACGCUGAGGUGAAGCCAAACACAGAGGGUGGAGGGGGGCUUUUUUUUCCUUCUUUCGGUUAAUAUUGUGCUAACUUCUAGAAUUUGUUGGUUUGGAUUUAAAUGGCAUUGGUAAUUUUCAAACUAUAAAUAACACUCUUAGUGUUGGAAAAAAUGGCCACUUGAAGGCUGUAAACUGAACACACAGACAUUUUUGCAACUUGGCUCAGAAGAAAAUGCUCUUCCUAAGAAUCUCAAAGAUUUGCUAGGCCCUGAAUAAAUGUAGCCUUAGCAUAAGCAUUACUGCACCAUGAAUCUUUGUGAUUUGUUGAUUUUCUAGAACCCCUUGCUUAACUCCAAAAAAUAAAUCUAUUUUUGGCUCUGUUCUCUAGAUUGUUGUAAAUCAUGUUGAAUUUUUAAUUCUAAUUGUAAUGAGGCAUUCACAUAUGUGUGUUCUUAUUAAAUGUUCUGUAGCUUUAACCACAGUAGUUGCAAACAUAUUGUAAAUACAAAAUGUAAAGCUACUGGGCAUUAUAUGCAUAUUUAAAAUAGGAUCACACCUUUUCUAAUGUUUCUGUACAUAUUUUAUGUUUAGCAGUUUAUGUAAAAGAUGCAGCAAUUGCUCAUAAAUUUAAGCGUCUUUUCAGUUGAAUGUUUACUGCUCCAAAAUUGCCAACAACUACCAAACUUCCAAAGUGUACACCUUGAUUAAUAGCCUCAGAGAGACCAUGUCAAUGUCCACCUUACCAUCAUUCUUGUAGACUGUAGAAAAUAGUUAUUGACAUUAUUAAAGUGGGUUAUGAAAGCCA